GAGGCGGGAGGGGGGAGCGGGCGGCAAACUUCCAGAGAGACGUAAAUACGUCCAUCGGCGACCCCGCCGAUUAGCCGACGGGAGCCCGGAGCGGCGCGGCGGCAUGGGGCCGGCACGGCGCUCCCCCGGGCCCCGCGGUCCCGCUCCGGGGAUGCCGCCCGCCUGCGGGGCUCGGGCCCCGCUGCAGUGAGCCGGGCGCGGGGCCGCGACGCAGCGCUGCCGCUCCGCACGGCGGGGAGGCCGUGCCAUGGCGCUGCGGGGCAGGGCGCUGUACAACUUCCAGAGCGAAAACAAGGAGGAGAUCAGCAUCCAGGAGAACGAGGAGCUCGUGGUGUUCAGCGAGCGCUCGCUGGACGGCUGGCUGCAGGGCCGGAACAGCCGCGGCGAGACCGGCCUCUUCCCGGCCUCCUACGUGGAGAUCGUGCGCCCUCGCGCCGGCUCCGGGCACGCCGAGGGCUCCGGCAGCCCCGCCGGCUCGCCCGGCCACCUGCACGGCUUCAGCGCGGCGCCCGCCGGCCUCUCGUCCUACGGCAGCUUCGAGGAUGACGACGACGACGAUUGGGAUGACUGGGACGACUCUUGCACGGUGGUGGAGGAGCCCCGCGGCGCUGCCGGCACCAACGGGCACCCGGCGGCGGGACCAGAGCCCUACGGAGCGCCCCGUGCCAAGCCGACGCUGGAGAGGCAGGACAGCGUGGGCUCCUCCAAGAGGGGCAGCGUGGUGGGCAGGAACCUCAACCGCUUCUCCUGCUUCGUGCGCUCGGGCGUGGAGGCCUUCAUCCUUGGCGACGUGCCCCUCAUGUCCAAGAUUGCCGAGGCUUACAGCAUCGAGAUGGGCUGCAAGGGUCCGCAGUGGCGAGCCAACCCGCACCCCUUCAUCUGCUCCGUGGAGGAUCCCACCAAGCAGACCAAAUUUAAGGGCAUCAAGAGCUACAUCUCCUACAAGCUGACCCCCAGCAACUUCAACUCGCCCGUGUACCGGCGCUACAAGCACUUUGACUGGCUCUACAACCGCCUGCUGCACAAGUUCACCAUCAUCUCGGUGCCCCACCUGCCCGAGAAGCAGGCCACGGGGCGCUUCGAGGAGGACUUCAUCGAGAAGCGCAAGCGGCGCCUGAUCCUGUGGAUGGAGCACAUGACGAGCCACCCCGUCCUGUCGCAGUACGAGGGCUUCCAGCACUUCCUCCGCUGCCGCGAUGAGAAGCAGUGGAAGCUGGGCAAGAGGCGAGCUGAGAAGGACGAGAUGGUGGGCGCCAGCUUCCUGCUCACCAUCCAGAUCCCCACCGAGCACCAGGACCUGCAGGACGUGGAGGACCGCGUGGACGCCUUCAAGGCCUUCAGCAAGAAGAUGGACGACAGCGUCCUGCAGCUGACCAACGUGGCCUCCGAGCUGGUGCGCAAACACGUGGGGGGGUUCCGCAAGGAGUUCCAGAAGCUGGGCAAUGCCUUCCAAGCCAUCAGCUACUCCUUCCAGAUGGACCCCCCCUACAGCUUGGAUGCCCUCAACAAUGCCAUCUCCCACACGGGCAAGACGUACGAGGCUGUGGGGGAGAUGUUUGCGGAGCAGCCCAAGAAUGACCUCUUCCUCAUGCUGGACACUCUCUCUUUGUAUCAGGGGCUCCUUUCCAACUUCCCAGACAUCAUCCACCUCCAGAAAGGAGCCUUUGCAAAGGUGAAGGAGAGCCAGCGGAUGAGCGACGAGGGCCGGAUGGACCAGGAGGAGGCGGAUGGGAUUCGCAAGCGCUGCCGCGUGGUGGGCUUCGCCCUGCAGGCUGAGAUGAACCACUUCCACGAGCGGCGCGUGGCCGACUUCAAGAGGAUGAUGCAGUCCUACCUGAAGCAGCAGAUCAUCUUCUACCAGCGUGUCAGCCAGCAGCUGGAGAAGACGCUGCGCAUGUAUGACAACCUCUAACACACCUGCCUGCCGCCCGUCCCGCAUCGCACCGCUUCCAGCCACGGCCUCGCAGAGCAUCUCUGCUUGGCAGGGCUGAGAACGGGUGGGAACUCAUGACGCUAGUGACCAAAUACCUUUGGGCUUUCCUCCAGCCUGGCUGCAGGACUGUGGUGAGGACAUGUGUGCUCCCAGGGGGACAGAUGGACACGUGUGCCCGUGGCACCAGCCUGUGGUUUUUAGCUUUCCAAAAACCCGUCCUCAUGAAGCACUGUGGCUCACUGGGAGGAGAAAUCCAAGCGGUCGACAUUUUGCACAAUGAAAGUUUUUCUGAUGGGAAAGAAAACACAAAAAGGUCUUUAUUUGGAAGAGGGUUUUUUUUUUUUUCUUCCCCUCUCCCCCCCAGUAUUUUCCAUUUUUCGCAAAUGUUUCUGCAGCAUUUUUACCAGUUUUUAAAUAGACGCAGGCCAACGGAAAUCUCUUUUCUCAAGCACUGCUGUUGACUGGAAAAAGGGAUAUAAAAAACAAAAACAAAAAAAAAAACCAAGCCAGCCCACAGCGUUUUCAAUAAAAAACGUCAGUAGAAACCUCCCUCCUCAGCCCCCGCUCUGUCCCUGGGACGUUGCUGGGAAGCAGAGGAAGGGCUCUGCGGAGGGGGCACGGCGCUGGGCAUUCCUCCCGAGCAUCCCCGGCGGCGAGCACGCAGGGCUGGCACGAGAGCUGUGUUUGUGAAGGGAAAUGGUUGGGAUAAAUCACAGCAAGGGAAGUCGGGCCGGCCUGGCCAGGCUCCAGGGUUAAAAUUAGCCCCAGCGUGCGGGCCGGCGUUGGGAUAACUGCUGUGCUGGGAAGGCAGCGCGCUGCGCUCGGCCGUCCCUGACCCCCUCAUCCCUCCCCACAGGGACAGCAUGACAUCCUCAAGGAGGGACGUGCUUCCUCCUGCAUCCCAUUCUCAUCCCACCCCAUCUCCAGGCUGUCCUAUCCCCAUCCUAUACCGUGUCACCCCAUCCUCAUCCCACCCCGUCCCCAGCCUACUCUGGUCCCAUACUUCCCUGUCCCCGUGCUUCCUUGGCUCCAUCCUUCUCUGUCCCCAUCCUGCCCCACCCUGUCCCCAGCACAACCUGGUCCUACCCCACUCUGUCCCGUCCUACCUUGGCUCCACCCUGCCCCAACCCCAUCCCACACCAUUCCCAUCUCACCCCAUUUCCAUCUCACCCUGCCCACAUCCCAGCCUGAUCCCGUCCUUCUCCAUUCCCGUCCCAUCUCAUCCCUAUUCUACCUUGUCCCUAUCCUAUCUUGGCUUCAUCCUAUUCCAACCCUAUCAAAAUUCAUCCCAAUCCUACUCUGUUCCUAUACUUUCCCAUCCAUUUCCUAUCUUGACUCCCCCCUCCCUUCUCCCCAUCCCACUCUGGUCCCAUUCUACCCUAUCCUUCUUCUACCCCAUGCCCACCAU